AUGGCGAGCUCUGAGGGUCAAAAGCAUCAACGCAAUAUUUCCAGAUCCACACGACCGCGUGCAUCAACCAAGGGGCCACUGGAUCUAACUGACAAUGAACCUGUAUUGUCAGAUGGCCCAUUAUCAUCACCUCGGUCCCCCCAAAAAUCCCAGCCACUACAUCCCCGCUUCUCGCAUGACACUGGUUCCCUCUCUCCUUCGAAACCCUUGGAUCUUAGCCCAUUGAGAGUUGAACUUGACAGUAUACUCGCAAACUAUGAGCACUCCGCAGUCGUCAAGAAGGAUCUUUCAUUCCUAUUGCGCCCAGACAUAUACCAUCCUCUCUCCCAACUCGAGAUCCCUUCUAUGUUUCGUUCUUCCUUCUACAAUCCUUCGAUAGGAGAGCCAAUUGGGGCAUCCAUGGAGGUACUCAAGAAACAGCUUGCACAGGGUCAUUUUCUGCUGGCAGCACAUUUGAGUGCGAAGCUAUUGACGUCUCCACUCAUCGAACCUUCGGAUGCAAACGUUAUAUUCACACUAUUAUAUACGCGCUUGGCCUGUCUUGAGUUGACUGGUAAUAGCGCAUUUGCUGCACAAGAGUCCAAGUCCCUGGAAGAUCUCAACUCGACAUUCUAUUAUGUGGAUUCUGAUUUCAAUGUGGAAAGUGAUGUUCACGAUCGCACCAGGCGGUCUUAUCACAUCGUUCCAUGGCCCUUGCGCGUCCUUGCAGUUCGUCUUCAGAGCAUUGCCUUUGGUGACUCGCGGAGAAGUAUCACUGGCUUAUAUGAGCUCGCCUUUGAAGCCCGUAUGGAACUUAUGCAGCCAGGGCUAGAUAAGACACAGAAAGAGAUAUGGAGGGAUAGACUCUACGAUCUUGGAAUACGAACUGUCAAUGCUCUUGUCGAGAUGGGAGACCUUGACGCAGCCCGACGAUCAUUGAGCAAUCUGGGGGAUUCAGGAAACAUUAAAAAUAAAGCUAGAUCUAUCCUUCUAGCUUUGCGCAUAGGGGAUCUUACCCUUGCCAAGGACAUAUUGGAAAGAUCUACGGAGCUGCAAGAGGGGAUCUUGAUACCUUUGACAACCAUGGCUGAAGGUUCCUAUGACGAGGCUGCUGGGCAGUGGAAGGCCUUGCUCGAUAAUCCGGCGGAAUCCGCUAGACCAAUGAUCGUGCAGAAUCUUGCUGUUUGCUUGUUAUAUACGGGUAAAUUGAACGAGUCUCGCUCACUUCUCGAGUCACUCGUCUCUGAGAAUCAUGCCUUCCAGAGUCUUACGUUUAAUCUUGCGACGAUCUAUGAGCUAUGUUGUGAUAACCCGCAGAACCGGAAAAUGAACUUGGGACAGAUGGUAUCUCAACAGACCCACCACGGAGAAAUGAAUCUCGAUCGCACCAAUGCGGAUUUCAAGUUAUGA